AUGCCGAAUUUUGUAUUAUUCGAAACAACCGAGUCGGUAAUAGAAAUUCUCUGGGAUAUUGCCCUUGCGUUCUUUAUUGUUCGGCUAGGCUUCAUCUACUUCCUGGUCACAUUUGCUUCCGGAACUCUCCUAUCGUAUCUAGCGUACAAGCAAUGGAUGCCCGUCACGCAUCUCACCACUCCGCAGUCUGAGCUGGCCCUCAUCCCCUUCAUGCUGGUCUUGUCAAGCCUCUGGGCGCGCUACACCAUAGUCCACUAUGAAAUCCCGCGCGUGCCUGCGUUCAGGUUAGCCAUUGGAGGCAUGGGGCUGGCUUUCAUGGUGGCUGCCGAGUUCGUGACAGCGUGCGUCUUGUACGAAGAGGGCCACGGAGACUGGCUCUUCGAGACAGACCUCAACACGGGCGUGGCUUUCGCGGUCUUGCUGGGCGCCUUCGCGCUGAUGCCGACCAUUCAGAUGCUCUUUGAGAACAAAGAGCAGGAGCCUGCGGGAACGUAUCACGGGCACGAGAAGAAGCCUCUCACGGCGGCAGUACCUCUUGUCAACGUGGCGGAAAAGAGGGAAGCCAGGGAGAAGAAGUCCAACUAA